AGGAAAGAAAAAAAAAAAGAAAUGGAGGUUCCCAUAGGGCUUUUGGAGAAGCUGUGGAGUUUUGUCUCUUCUUACUUCUUCCUCUUACUACUCCUCGGCCUCACAAAGGCCCUGAUUAUUGGUCCAAUUUCAUCUACGAUAAUUUUGGUUGGCAAUUCUUUUGUCAUCAUUGGCCUUUGGCCAGCACAUCUCGUUUGGACCUACUACUGUUUGGCAAGAACCAAGAGAAUAGGAGUGGUUUUGAAGACCUUGGCACUGAUAUUGUUUCCACUGCCUUUACUCCUCUGGCCAGUUUCUGGUAUAGUAGGAAGUCUCUUUGGUGGAAUCGCCUAUGGGUUUUUCACGCCCCUUAUGGCUACAUUCGAGGCUGUAGGAGAGUCUGUUACUAGCAAAUGCUACCAUUGCUUUGUUGAUGGUUCAUUCUCCACUAUUAAAGGGUGUUGUACUGUGGUGACGGACUUCACAGAUUUCUGCUUCCAUUCUUACUUCUCCUACAUGGAUGAGUUAAGAGAAAUGGUUUCCGCCGAUGUUGAACCUUUAGAGAUAAGGUUAUCUUGACUACCCAGUUGUCUGCUUGCUAGUGUAAUAGGUGUGGUGGUAGAUAUUCUUCUGAUAACAGCUGUUGCUAUGUACAAAAGCCCAUAUAUGUUGCUCAAAGGAUGGAAGAGGCUAUUGGAAGACCUUGUUGGUAGAGAGGGUCCAUUCCUAGAGACUGUAUGUGUUCCAUUUGCAGGUCUUGCUAUAUUGCUAUGGCCACUGGCUGUCGUGGGAGCCGUUAUAGCUUCAGUUUUAUCCAGUUUCUUUCUAGGAAUGUACAGUGGAGUCAGCGUUCAUCAGGAGGACUCUUUUAGAAUGGGGCUUAACUAUAUAGUCGCUGUGGUCUCACUGUUUGACGAAUACGUAAACGAUUUACUCUAUUUGAGAGAAGGAACUCGCCUGCCAAGGCCUUGCUAUAGGACGAAAACUGAGACUGGUCAUGGGAAGAGAAUAUUAGGAGAGAGGAAGAAUGUUGAUCUAAAGAGCAAAAGAAGCAGCUCCCGAGGUUCAAAGCUUGUUUCAGAACAGUCAAGGACACUGAAAAAAGCAAUCACAAUAUAUAAACCAGUUCAGGUAUGGGAAUGGUUGUUUAAGGCGUGUGACGUGAAUGGAAGGAUACUUCUUCGCGAUGGCUUGAUAGAUGUGAAAGAUGUAGAGGAAUGCCUUGUCAAGGGUAAUUGUAAGAAGCUCUAUAUCAAACUACCUACUUGGACCAUAUUACAAUGUCUCCUUGCAUCGGCUAAAUCGAACUCAUCUGGGUUGGUGAUCAGUACGUAUACAAGAAUACCGACGUUUCGACGCAGAUUCAUGAACUUGGUCAAAGUGUUGUACAUCGAAGCUCUUGAGAUGGGCGCGUCCGGUAAUCGGGCUGGUGGGAUCCUCAAACCCAACAGCGACCAAAUAGGAAAUCUAAAUAGGACUGAACCACCGGAGAUGGAUGUUGUAUAA